AUGGCAAUUCUAAUUUGUGGCCUCAGGAAUCAGCGCACUUUUCACUUAACCGCAGCCCGCUCCACUCGACUGUAUCGACAUUUAAACCAUACUCUUCGCGCGUUGUUAGAGCGAUUCCCCGAAGAGCGCCAGGAACUCGCAACAAUGCUUAUCCCUAAGGAAGACCGCAAGAAGAUCCACGAGUACCUCUUCCGCGAGGGUGUGCUCGUGGCCAAGAAGGACUUUAACCUUCCCAAGCAUGGCGACAUUGACACCAAGAACCUUUACGUGAUCAAGGCCUUGCAGUCCCUGAACUCCCGCGGCUAUGUCAAGACCCAAUUCUCGUGGCAGUACUACUACUACACCCUCACCCCCGAGGGUCUUGACUACCUCCGUGAGUGGCUGCACCUCCCCGCUGAGGUCGUCCCCGCCACCCACAUCAAACAGCAGCGUUCCCACGCCCCCCCUCGUGGCAUGAUGGGCGGUGAGGAGCGUGAGCGUCGUCCCCGUGCCCCCCGUGAGGGUGGCUACAGACGCCGUGAGCAGGAGGGCAAGGAGGGCGGUGCCCCUGGCGAGUUCGCUCCUAGCUUCCGCGGUGGAUUCGGCCGUGGCCGUGGCGCUCCCUCUUCGUAA